AUGGGACUUAUCAUCGAUGAAGAGAAACAGGCGUGGUUCCGCGGCAGUCAUACUGACGAGAGGUAUAUCAAGAAGAUGGGCCGAAAUUGGGUUGCGAAUAAUGAGUAUCUUGUUGAGCAGGGGUUAUUUGCGGAUGGAGAUGUGGAUAAGUCUGUUGUUUCGGAUGCCGUCAGUUCUGAUUGCGAUAGGGAGGGUGUGGAUGGUCCUGAUGGGGAUGAUGCUGUUAGUUCGGGUUCUUCUGGGUCUGGUCAUGAUGAACUACCGUCUGACGAGACUGAUAGUGAUGAUGAAACUUGGGUCCCUCCUGAGAGUGAUUCUAAUGAGAGGUUCAUGAAUCAGCCUCUCGCUCAGACUGAUAGUGACGAUGACGAUGACUCAGAUGAGCCUGAAGUUGAUCCUGUUUUAUUUGACUAUGAGUGA